AUGCCGCUAUUGAAGGAUUUGGUUGAGCGUGGUGAUGUUGGCAUUGUGCUCUCCACAUAUUGGCGGCAUUUCACUGAGUAUAUUGCGUACGUGUUGACAAGGUUUGAAAUUCCUUCGUGGCGUGUCAUGGGGGCUACACCUGGUUUGGGCCAUUUGGAUGGAAGCUGCUUCGAUGACCAGGUCUAUGCCAGCAGAAGCGAGGAAAUUUGCGCGUGGCUGCAGGAUCAUCCAGAAGUGUCUGGCUUUGUGAUCCUGGAUGACCGACGCACAGCAGGCCUGGGUGUGCUGGCACAUCACUUCGUCCAUUGCAGGCAAGUGAGCACUGGACAUGAUAGUUGCAGAUAUUUUGAGUUUGGGUCCGAAUCAGUAGCUACCCAGCACCAGGAGCGAGGUCGGCUUGACGAAGGAGGACGUGUUGUUGGCGCUGGAGAUCUUGCAGCAGCCCCGUGCUGA